UCCUCAGUCAUUUGCUUUUAAAAGAAAACAUUGGUUAGUGUAGGGUCUGGUUACCAUAGUGAAGCAUGUUCCGAGAAUAGAACGCAUUCCAAAAAUGUACUCUAAGCCUUGCAGCACAGGAGAAACUCUUGUUGGUUUGUUGUAGUGGCAUUGAGCGGGUGUGUCUUUCAUUGCGGCUGAAUAUCUAACUCCUCUAGUGUUUCUCAGCGAUUAAAUAUCUGCCCGUUUGAGCGAUUCACGGUGCAAGACCGAAAUCCUCAUCCCAUUUAAGCUACCAAACCCCAAGAUUUUGACAGAAAGCCUAAAAACCAAAUUUCCAUCAUGGUUGAACAUCUUGCACUGGGAGUUGACCCCGUGACAUCAGCUGCAGAAACGAAGAGACCUUUCCUAAAAGCCAGCAAGAUCUCCAAGAGCCAGAAGGAAAUGCAGCAGCUCAAAGAACUGCCUGUAAACGGCACUAAUAACGACAAGAAGGAGAAAGUGAAAGAGAUGAAGAAGAAGAAAAAGAAGAGCAAAGUUGCUUUGUUCAUCGGAGCGGCUUUGAGAUGGUUCUUCUUCUCUCCCAGCUAUGAGCCUUUCACAUUUCCAUCCUCUGAUGAUUAUCAGGUAUAUGAGAAGACGGUGGUCAAAAAGGAGGUGAAGGAGAUGAUGCAGAAGGAGGAAGUGGUGGAGAAAAAGGAGGAGGUUGUGAUGACGGAGGAGGAGGUGGUAGAAAAGGAAGAGGAGGUGGUGGAGAAGGAGGAAGUGAAGGAGAUGAUGCAGGAGGAGGAGGUGGUGGAGAAGGAGGAAGUGAAGGAGAUGAUGCAGGAGGAGGAGGUGGUGGAAAAGGAGGUGGUGUUGACGGAGGAGGAGGUGGUGGAAAAGGAGGAGGAGGUGAAAGGACAUGAAAGUGAGGAGGUGGAAAAGAACAUGAAGGAGAAAGAGAGGGUGGAGGAGAGGGUGGUGAACAGGAGGAGGAUGACGACAAGGACAAUUUACAGUUUGAAAGAGGAGAUGAGCAGAAAGUUCCCAAUACAGAAGCAGCAUAUGUGGCCCAACAACAGACCUGCCUCCAAGGCCCAGGCUGCACGGCGGGGGAAAAACCGCCAUAUUCUGUUAUGGGGACAGAGAAAAGUAUAA